CACGGACGGCAGAUUAUAGCCGGGCAAGCAGACUGAGACGCGCCAAGAUCUCUCCGCAAUUCCGGUGGAUCUUUGGAGCACUGGGAGCUCUGACCGUGGACAAGACAGGGUGGUGACAAGGACGGCCAAUCCCGGCUCUUGGGGGGGCGCCUCCCUCCGGCUCUUCGCAUCAAUGGGUUGCGUGGCCCAGAUAAAGCGCCGGGCCUCCCGCCGCACAAUGUUCGCCUGGUGGUGGCUCUCCGUCGUUGCUGUGCUGGUGCUGCUGUGGUUCUACCUCAACGGCUACGGGUAUGGGCAUGGUCGACUGUCGAGUUCACCGCUGGACGUGAACAAGGAUAAAUCGGGGACGACGACUGACCCAUCAACCACCAUGACCACCUCACCAACAUCACCCGGCUCUACCGCCACUCGCCCCGCCGUCGUCCUCCGCCAGGGGACGUAUGUCGGCACCACGCUGCUGGCCUCGUAUCGCUUUCCCAAGGCGGUCGAGGCCUUCCGCGGUGUGCCUUAUGCUCAGGACACGGGCGGCCAGAACCGCUUCCGCCCGCCCCAGCCGCUGCCGGAGUCCACAGAGACCUUCGGCGCCGUAGCAUGGGGAAAGAUAUGCCCGGCCGAGGGGAUGAUAGCUCGUAAUAUGAGCGAGAACUGUCUCAACUCCAACAUCUACCGGCCCGCCGGGCUCGUCGAUAAGGAUGGGUACGACAUCACGGAGCCCGGCGCAAAAAAGAGACCGCACUUACCCGUCGUGGUCUAUGUCCACGGCGGCGGUUUCAACAAGGGCCACGGGACCGAGCGGAACAUGGCCAGCUUCGUCGCCUGGGCUGACGCACCCAUGGUAGCUGUCAACUUCAACUACCGUGUCGGCGCGCUGGGCUUCCUGCCGUCGGAUGUGACCGCCCGGGAAGGGCUGCUGAACCUGGGGCUGCGGGACCAGCAGAUGCUGUUGGGCUGGGUCCAGGACAACAUCGAGGCCUUCGGCGGCGACCCCGAGAACGUGACCAUCAUGGGCCUCAGCGCAGGCGCACACUCGAUUGGUCACCACAUCAUGUACUAUGGCCGCUCUUCGACCAAACCCCCGUUUAACAAGGCCAUUCUCGAAUCUGGCGCCACCACCGCUCGCGCCGUCUUCUACCCUACCCAUCCGCGCCACCUCGUCCAGUUCCGCGAAUUCCUUAUCGCCGCCGGCGCCGCAGGCGUCCCGGAAUCCGAGAUAUUCACCUACCUACGCAACCUCCCCAUCACCACCAUCAUCCGCGCCUCCCAGGCCGUCUGGGACAUGUACUGUGACAGCGUGACGUGGCCCUUCCAGCCCGUAAUCGACGGCACCAACACCCUGGCCAACUCGAGCCAGAUCAACAACGACCUCACACCCACCCCCACAGCGCCCCUCAUCCCCGACCUCCCCAUCAGCUCCUGGGUCGCCGGCGCCCACCUCCGCAUCCCCAUCAUCACGGGCUUCAACACGAACGAGGGCACCCUCUUCGUCCCCGCCGACGCCAACACCACCGCCGAGUUCCGCGCCUUCUUCCAGACCCUCAUCCCCUCCCUCACCCCGGCCGACCUCGACAAGCUCGAGACCCUCUACCCGGACCCGGUCACCCAACCCAACAGCCCCUACCGCCUCGUGCCGCAGGGCGCCGGCCGCCAGUGGGCCCGCCUCGACGCCGCCUACGCCCACUACGCCUACAUCUGCCCCGUGCUGCAGACCGCCCACUACAUGUCGGCGGCCCUCGGCGACGAUGGCGAGGUUGGGGUUGGCGGUGGGAACGUCUACGUCUACCGCUACGCGGCCACCGCCGACCACGACGCGGCCAACCACGGCGACGAGGCCAUCGCCGCCGCCCACGACAUGUACGAGAUGCACGGCCGGCCCGGCAUGCGCGCCGUCGCCGAUGCCAUGCACGGCCGCUGGGCGCGCUUUGUCGCUAGCGCCAUCGCCAGUCCGGACGAUGGGAAGAAGGGUGGUGGUGGUGGUGGUGGUGGUGAUGGGGUGGCGUGGCCGGCGUUCGUCUCGCCGCUUGGUGGUGGUGGGAGUGUGGACGGUGCGGAGGGUGCGGAGGGUGCGGGCGGCGCCGGGAAGAUCAUGGUGUUUGGGGAGGGCAAUGAUGAGAUGGGCGGGGGGUGGCGCGAGGGGACGCCGGCUAAGGUGGUGGAGAUGACGGAGCUGGAGAGGGAGGCGUGCCGGUUCUGGUGGGAGAGGAUUGGGCUGAGCCAGGGGCUGGGGAAGAGGGAGUGGGCGGGGAAGACCGUCACUGGGCCUGCUAAGCUGUAGAUUAUUUUUGGUUUCUGUUUGCCGUUUUUUGAAGAGAUGAUGGUGCAGGAUACCAAGCGCCGGUUGGAGUUGGGAGUUAUUGUUGUUUGUGCUUUGAAAACUGGGGAGGGAAGCCUGAAGCGU